GCAGAUUGACUCCUCACAAUGGGUGUCCAUGAGUUAUGGCCGAUCCUGGAGCCCGUAAAGAAACACGUCCCCCUCCAGAGCCUCAGCGGGAUGACUCUUGCAGUGGACUUGAGUAUUUGGGUCUGUGAAGCUCAGUCUGUAAAGCAGAUGAUUGGCGUUGUUGCAAAGCCUCAUCUCAGGAAUCUCUUUUUCCGCGUCUCUUCAUUGAACUUAAUGGGAGUGAAGCUGGUCUUCGUGACAGAAGGGGAAGCCCCGAAGGUUAAAGCCGACACCAUGAACAAGAGGAACGCAAACCGAUAUGGCCCGUCCAACAAGCCGGCUCCAUCCCGGCCCGGACGCUCCUAUUUCAAGUCUGUCCUGAAGGAGUGUCUCCGCAUGUUGGACUGUCUGGGUGUCCCUUGGGUUCAAGCAGCAGGAGAAGCUGAAGCCAUGUGCGCGUAUCUCAACGCCAAGGGCCAUGUGGAUGGAUGUAUUACCAACGAUGGCGAUGUGUUCCUCUACGGAGCGCGGACCGUGUAUAGGAACUUCACCAUGAAUGUCAAGGACCCUCAUGUGGAUUGCUAUGAAGUUUCUGCCAUUAAUGACAAGCUGGGUUUGGACAGAGAGUCCCUCGUUUCUCUGGCGAUCCUCUUGGGAUGUGAUUAUGUUCCAAAAGGCUUGCCUGGCAUCGGAAGAGAAAUGGCAAUGAAAUUCAUCAGGUCUCUGACUGGAGAGAGUGUACUACAGAGAUUUUAUCAGUGGAGGAAGGAGUUUGACGAUCCCACAGUUCCCCCUAAAUCUGCCAAGAAGACCGCUCACUGUUCCGUCUGCUGUCAUCCAGGUUCGGCUAAAGAACACCAGCGGAAAGGAUGCAGUCUGUGCGCCAGUGAUCGAUACUGCGAGCCACAUGACUAUGAUUACUGUUGCCCAUGUGAGUGGCAUAAGGCCGAACAAGAAAAGAAGAACAACCCCCUGGAGUAUACCUUUAAGACGAAGGCAAGAAAACGGGAAGGCUUUCCUUAUCAUGAGGUUAUUCAGGAAUUCCUUGUAAACAAAGACAAAUUAUCCAAGGUGAUCCGAUGGCUCCGGCCGAGCCUGCCAUGUUUCCAGAAUUUUGCAUUGGAGUGGAUGGAGUGGCCCAAGCAUUAUUCCUGUGAGAAGAUUCUGGUCCUCCUGACAUACUAUGACAUGCAUGAGAGGAAGGCGGGCAGGCAGCAUGAUGCACAACUUCAGGCGACCCGAAUUGUUAAAACACGAGUCAGAAAUGGGGUUCCAUGCUUCGAAAUUGAAUGGGUAAAACCAGCUAUGUUUUUCCUGAUGAUCAUCCACCGGAUGCUCCAUUACUGAGCAUUGAGGAAGAAUCCCUAUUCACGGCAGCCUACCCUCAUAUUGCAGAGUCAUUCCGAAAAGACAAAAUGGAG